AUGCAUGUCACAUAUUCAACACAGAGCAUCGUCAGUUUUCUGACAAAAUCAAGCUGGCCGGCAUUUAUCGCCUUUGUGGUCGUUCUAACCUCCCUACUCGUUCUCCGGUUCCUGGGCGCCAAAGAUGUUGAUCCAGAAGAGCCUCCAGUUGUCCGCCCCAGAAUCCCAUUCGUUGGUCACAUGAUAGGACUUCUACGCCACCAUAAUAACUACUUCACCCUUCUGAGAAUCUACAUCGUUCAAUCGCCCGAGCUUGCGCACGCUGCUUUCCGUCAAAGCAAGACGAUUGACUUCGAGACCAUUAAAGGGUAUGCUAGUUGCAAAGCAGUGGCAUUUGGUCAGCAUGCGACAGACGUAGUUAACUUUCGACCUCCGAAUGGUGAGGACUCCUACAUGUCCGACCUGCAUCAAGAGAUGUACGGAUCGUUGGCACAAGGGCCGAAUCUGCUGGAGACUAAUUCCCGAGUGCUCAAUUAUCUUGCGAGAUCCUUGAAUGCCAUUCAAACAACACCAAAAGAGUAUCCUUUGUUUCGGUGGCUACGGGACGAAUAUACUCUUGGAUCAGCAGCGACACUUUAUGGAUUGCCCAACCCUUUGUCAGAAGAUCCAAACCUCAUAGAAUCAGUAUGGGACUUUGAGCAUGAUCUCGGGGUGUUGGUUCUCGACUUCUUUCCAAAAAUAACGGCACCCAAAGGCUACGCAGCCAGAAAUGUCGUUACACCUGUUUUCGAGAAGUAUUACAAUGCGGGCCUUAACAAGAAUGCCAACACUCUGGUCCAACGCCGAGAAGUGGCUGCACGUCAAUGGGGCUUGACGACCAAAGAGAUAUCCCAAGCAGAAAUCAGCAUAAUAAUGGCGGCAGGUACUAACACUGUCCCCAACGCCUUUUACAUGAUUUGUCACAUCUUCUCGCAACCAGACCUAGUCAUAGCCCUUCGGCAGGAGAUCAACAAAAUCACAAGCCGAAAGACUCGAGAUGGUAUCGAGACUGUGGCACUCCAUAUCUCAAUGCUACAAUCUCAUUGUCCGCUCAUCACCGCGUGCUUCAACGAAACCCUACGGCUGAACAAAACAGGAGCGGCAGUCCGUACAGUUCUGGAAGAUGUUAUGCUCGACAAUCGAUAUCUGCUUAAGAAGGGCGCUUUCGUCCAAAUUCCCACUGGUUUGUUGCAAUCAGACCUUAAUGUCUGGGGGCCCGACGCUAAGCAGUUCAACCCUCAACGAUUUCUCACGCAAAAUUCGUUGCCGAAGGAUGUCAGGAAGGCUCAAAAUCAGGCUUACAUGCCCUUUGGUGGGGGGAAAAACCUUUGUCCAGGGAGACAUUUGGCGUAUACUGAAAUCGUGGCCUUUGUUGCUAUGCUGGUGCUUGGUUUUGAGCUAAGUACGAGUGACGGAGGUAAAUUGCACGUGCCGAAAGGUGAGUUUCAAAGGUUAGGCGUUGCGUCCAUCUCGCCCGAGAAGGAUCUAGAUAUUUUGAUCACGAGAAGAAAGGAAUUCGAGGAUGUGACUUGGGAAUUUGAUACGGGUACUGUAAUGGAAUAA